AUGGCAGCCAGUGGAAUACUCCCUACCACUCAGCAGAGGUACGUGAAUGGUGUUCCACUGUCCACGGCUCGUAAAACGCUCAGGAUGAAAGAAAAGUACGUUAUUUUGUUGGUGUUUGUCACAUUCGGGUCUGUUUGUUUUGGAGCUAUUUUCUUCCUGCCCGAUCUUCGGGAGCGAGUAAAUGUUAGCGAGAUGAGAAAACACAUCAAGAACGUGGAUACGAUUCUUUUACCAAAACCCGGUGAGGGUGGCAACGAUUUGUCACCCGGGAAAGGGAAGAUCCUGCGUCACGACAACAAUGGUGUAGAUGCUCAUAAGAUAGACGACAAAGAACGAUUACGUAAACAAAUGGAAAUACAAUGGGAACAAGAAAAAAUGGCAGAAGCAGUAGCAAAGAGGCUGAAUAUGUCCAAGGAUGACACCAAAAAAGUACAAGAUGAGAUUCAGGGCGAGAAGGACAAGAUCCUACAGAAAAAGAAGGAGGUAGAGGAACAAAAGAGGGAAGAAGAAAAGGAAAAAUUAAUGGAGGUUCAGAAGGACCAUGAGGGAGGCUUAGGAGGACAGGGUGGAGAGCCCAAAGAUUCACAGGCAUCCGAGAGAAGGGCAGAAAUCCGAAAGAUGAUGCUCCAUGCCUGGAACAAUUAUGAGAAGCAUUCUUGGGGUGCUAAUGAACUCCGCCCGAUUUCAAAACGUGGCCAUAGUGCCAGUAUCUUUGGAACACUGAGUCUUGGAGCGACUAUUGUUGAUGCUGCGGAUACCUUAUAUAUCAUGGGUCUGGAAGAUGAAUACAAAAAGGCAAGGGACUGGAUAGCGACUUCACUGUCAUUUGAAGGGGCAAGUGAGCUGUCAGUAUUUGAGACCAACAUCAGAUUUGUAGGUGGACUGUUGUCACUGUAUGGGUUGACUGGAGACCAGAUGUACAAGACUAAAGCUAAAACUAUUGCAGAUAAGCUAUUACCAGCCUUCAAGACGGCAACCGGAAUACCUCAAUCUAUGGUCAACACUAAAACGGGGAGCAGUCGUAAUUGGGGCUGGGCUUCUGGAGGCUGUUCUAUCCUAGCAGAGUUCGGAUCUUUCCAUCUGGAGUUUGCCUAUUUAUCGGAGAUCACUGGAGACCCUUUGUAUCUAGAGAAGGUCAUGAAGAUUCGUGAGACACUGAAUUCUCUAGAGAAACCAAAUGGACUCUAUCCAAAUUACCUGAAUCCCCGGACUGGCCGCUGGGGACAACAGCACACAUCUAUUGGAGCCCUGGGGGACAGUUUCUAUGAGUAUUUACUGAAGGCGUGGUUACUUUCUGGUAAGAAGGACACCCAGGCACGUGAGAUGUACGAUGCAGCUAUCAAGGCUAUUGAUGAGAAGUUGGUAAGGCAAUCCCCUGGAGGUCUACGAUAUGUGGCCGAGUUUAAGUCUGGCAGAGUUGAAAACAAGAUGGAUCACUUAGCCUGCUUCAGUGGAGGGAUGUUUGCCCUUGGAGCUGAGGGCUCUGACAACAAGGAGAAAUAUCUGAAGCUUGGAGCUGAUAUUACUAACACAUGUCAUGAGUCUUAUGACCGCUCAGCCACCAAACUCGGUCCAGAGGCCUUCCGUUUUGAUGGUAACACAGAAGCUAAAUCUAUUCGCCAGAAUGAAAAGUACUAUAUUCUGCGUCCGGAGGUCAUAGAGGGCUACUUCUACCUGUGGAGAAUCACCAAAGAGCAGAAAUACAGGGACUGGGCUUGGGAGGCUGCUCAGGCUUUAAAUAAGCACUGUCGAGUAGAAGGUGGUUUCUCUGGUCUUCGUGAUGUGUACCAGGAGAAACCGUCACUGGAUGAUGUGCAACAGAGCUUCUUCCUAGCAGAGACACUGAAAUAUCUGUAUCUGAUAUUUUCCGAAGAUGACCUCAUACCCUUGGACAAAUGGGUGUUCAACACUGAAGCUCACCCCUUCCCUGUUAAAGCAUAGGAAACAGGUGUGACAUAUUUUACCUAAUGCUGUAAACUGUAGAUAGGAGAAAAUGUUUAUCUAAACAGAUGGUAUGACAUAUUGCAUAGUUAACUGGUGUGUCAAAUAGCAUACCUUAACAAGUGUGAUAAUUAGCAUACCUGAAUAGGUGUGACAAAUAGCAUACCUGGACAAGUGUGAUAAUUAGCAUACCUGAACAGGUGUGACAAAUAACAUACCUGAACAAGUGUGAUAAUUAGCAUACCUGAAUAGGUGUGACAAAUAACAUACCUGGACAAGUGUGAUAAUUAGCAUACCUGAAUAGGUGUGACAAAUAGCAUACCUGAACAAGUGUGAUAAUUAGCAUACCUGAACAGGUGUGACAAAUAGCAUACCUGAACAAGUGUGAUAAUUAGCAUACCUGAACAGGUGUGACAAAUAGCAUACCUGAACAAGUGUGAUAAUUAGCAUACCUGAACAGGUUUGACAAAUAGCAUACCUGAACAGGUGUGACAAAUUGCAUACCUGAACAGGUGCACUAAAUGAUGUACCUAAAAAGAUAGACAAAUAGCAUACCUGAACAGGUGUGACAAAUGGCAUACCCAAACAGGUGCAACAAAUGAUGUACCUGAAAAGGUGUGACAAAUGAUGUUCCUUACGGUGUGUGACAUAUGACAUAUCUAAACAGGUGUGACAAUAGUAUAAUGUAAUCAAAGGUAUAUUUGAACAGAUGUGACACAUGUUGCAUACCUGAAUAGAUAUGACACAUGUGUCAUACCUGAACAGAUGUGACUCAUGUCAUACCUGAACAGAUGUGACUCAUGUCAUACCUGAUUAGAGUUGAAGCACAGACAUGAUACAUGUGGCAUGAUAUACCUGUGUGGUGUAACACUUUACAAAUGCACCUUAACAAAUGUAAUACAUGUCAUACCUUAGCAGGUGAGACACAAUGUAUGAUGCUUCACUUGUGAUAAAUGACAGUAUGAGUGAUGAGAGAUUAAGUAUCUUCUAUCUGGUUGUAUACCAGAGUGAGCUUGAGUGUCUGUUACCUGGUGCUGUGCCAGAGUAAGCUUGAGGAGUGUCUGUUACCUGGUUUUGUACCAGAAUGAGCUUGAGUGUCUGUUACCUGGUUGUGUACCAGGGUUAGCUUGAGUGUCUGUUACCUGGUUGUGUACCAGGGUUAGCUUGAGUGUCUGUUACCUGGUUUUGUACCAGAAUGAGCUUGAGUGUCUGUUACCUGGUUGUGUACCAGAAUGAGCUUGAGUGUCUGUUACCUGGUGCUGUGCCAGAGUAAGCUUGAGGAGUGUCUGUUACCUGGUGCUGUACCAGAGUGAGCUUUACUGUCUAUUACCUGGUGCUGUACCAGAGUGAGCUUGAGGAGUAUCUGUUACCUUCGCUGUACCAGAGUAAGCUUGAGGAGUGUCUGUUACCUGGUGCUGUGCCAGAGUGAGCUUUGCUGUCUGUUACCUGGUGCUGUGCCAGAGUGAGCUUGAGGAGUGUCUGUUACCUGGUGCUGUGCCAGAGUAAGCUUGAGGAGUGCCUGUUAAAUAUUGCUGUGCCAGAGUGAGCUUGAGGAGUGUCUGUAACCUGGUGCUGUGCCAGAGUAAGCUUGAGGAGUGCCUGUUAAAUAUUGCUGUGCCAGAGUGAGCUUGAGGAGUGUCUGUAACCUGGUGCUCUGCCAGAGUGAGCUUGAGGAGUGUAUGUUACCUGGUGCUGUGCCAGAGUGAGCUUUGCUGUCUGUUACCUGGUGCUGUGCCAGAGUGAGCUUGAGGAGUGUCUGUUACCUGGUGCUGUGCCAGAGUAAGCUUGAGGAGUGCCUGUUAAAUAUUGCUGUGCCAGAGUGAGCUUGAGGAGUGUAUGUAACCUGGUGCUCUGCCAGAGUGAGCUUGAGGAGUGUAUGUUACCUGGUGCUGUAUCAGAGUGAGCUUUACUGUUUGUUACCAGGUUGUGUACCUGGAUGAGUUUGAGUGCAUUUUAUGUUGCUCAGUCUGGGUUGAGCAUGAGAUCUUACCUGGUACCGUAUUACACCUGUGGUGUCUGGUAAUUAGUACAGUCCCAGGAUAAGCUGUGUCAGCAAUGCAUAAUGGCACUGAUUCUUGAAAACAGUGCAUGAUCGAUUGUACUUGUUUAAAACAUUUGUAUUAUCAUAAUAAUGUUUAAAAGAUAUUAUUAAAAAAGUGUUUAAAACACAGUUUAAAUUCAGAAGUUUGUGUGGUGUUGUUUACCUCACACAUGUAUGUAAAGUGUGUUGUAGGAUUUGUACAUCUUAUGACAGGCAGAUUCUGUUAAUUUUUAGAAUGUGUUGUAUUUGAAGUGAUUAUGAUAUAUGAGGAAAAAUGUUUUAUUGUUGUUAUUCAUACAAUUUUUAUUAUCAUCUUGUUUUUAUAUUAUAUCAGUCAGGAGUUACAACGUGUAACAUUAACAUCCCACCACUGAUGUAUUAAAAACUUCUAUCUUCAUAAGACUUCUGAUUACACCUGUUCAGCAGAACCUUCUAUUUGGGGCCGAGGUUCAGUUGGGAUGUAUUAAAUGAACUGUGCUUUAUUUUUUUUGUCAAAGACAACCAAUAUUUGUUGGGUUAUUUUGAUAAUUCCAUUUGUUCCUGUUGAUGUAAUUAUAGAUUUUCUAUCCUAGAUGAUGAUGAUUUUGAUGUUUUAUAUUAAUGUGUGUCAGAUUUGUUUACCUUACUUAUCAAUCAGAUCCAGAGGAAUAUUGUUUGGACACUAUUUAUAGCCAAUUAUAUCAACCUUGUUUCUUAAAUGUAAGUACUAGUUUGUUUGUUUGUUUGUUUUUUUUUGUCAGUUUCUGGUAAGCUUUGCAGUUUUAUCAGUCUCAUGCCUAGUUUGUAAUGUAUAUUCAUAUUCAAUCACAGAAUUCUUUUUCAUGGACAAUCUAGACCAUUCAUAUGUUUUGAUGUUUACUUCUGAAAAAGUGACUUAUGAAAUAUCAGCAGGUUCAUCAAAAAAGCUACACCCAGCAUUAGCAUUCUGACAGUGUUUCAUGCAAAGAAACUGAGACAUUGCUGGAAACCUUCUAUCUGAUCAGAAAGUUUGCAGACAUUGUGUUCAUUACCAUCUAGUCAGUCUGUUAGUGUGUUCCAAAUCUAGUAACCUACCUAGCUAUAGGACCAGUCUGUCAGGUGUGUCCUAACCAUGGUGUCCUAAUUAGGACCAGUCUGUCAGGUGUGUCCUAACCAUGGUGUCCUAAUUAGGACCAGUCUGUCAGGUGUGUGCUAACCCUGAUUAUCUAAUUAGGGUCAGACUGUCAGGUGUGUCCUAACCCUGAUUAUCUAAUUAGGGUCAGUCUGUCAGGUGUGUCCUAACCCUGAUUAUCUAAUUAGGGUCAGUCUGUCAGGUGUGUCCUAACCCUGAUUAUCUAAUUAGGGUCAGUCUGUCAGGUGUGUCCUAACCCUGAUUAUCUAAUUAGGGUCAGUCUGUCAGGUGUGUCCUAACCCUGAUUAUCUAAUUAGGGGUCAGUCUGUCAGGUGUGUCCAAACUGUGGUUACCUGAUUAGGGCCAGUCUUUCAGAUGUGUUCUCACCUUGGUUAUCUUACUAUUCCUGUUCAGUCAGGUGUGUCCAAACUUUACCUAAACCUGGUCUAUCAGAUGUGCAAUAACUCUGAUUACCUAACUAGGGACAAUUUCACCAGGAGCCCUAACUGCAUCAUAAGGACCCCGCACAGACACGUUUUUAACUCAGGUUACCUUACCAUUACUUGUCUUUGCAUCCAUUAAUUACCAACUAUACACCAGUGUCUUUAUAUUGAUAUGAUAUUUCCAAGAUGUGAAGUCGAGAGAGAGCGAGAGAGAGAGAGAAGGGGGAUAUCUUCAGAAGUCUGGUGUCACAGUUAGAAAAUAAUAGUGUGGGGCAUCAAGUGGAGAGAAAGGGGACUAUGAAAACUAGAAAAUGAUAAUAAAUUGGGGCACCAAAUGGGGAGGAAGGGGACAAGGAAAACUAGAAAAUGAUAAUAAAUUGGGGCACCAAAUGGGUAGGAAGGGGACUAGGGAUACUAGAAAAUGAUAAUAAAUUGGGGCACCAAAUGGGGAGGAAGGGGACUAGGGUCACUAGAAAAUGAUAAUAAAUUGGGGCACCAAAUGGGGAGGAAGGGGACUAGGGUCACUUGAAAAUGAUAAUUAAUUGGGGCACCAAAUGGGGAGAAAGGGGACUAGGGUCACUAGAACAUGAUAAUAAAUUGGGACACCAAAUGGGUAGAAAGGGGACUACGAGUAGCAGAAAAUAAUAACGAAAAUAUUUUGAUAGUGAGAAAGGGGCUUGGAGCAAGGUAUAUCAGGGAUAGUAGCUUUUGUAAUCAUGGUCAGAGCAGUAGAUAGCUCGUGGAGUUUGGAAUGGAGGGUUUGAUGGAGCAGACAGCUAGUAGGGAGGGGGAGUCAUUGUUUGCUAGGGCAGA